CACUCGAUGUAUGUCAGUGUCAGAAUCACUGUCAGCGCUGCAAAAUUGCGAACUUGCAAAGCAGGCAAAGCAAACAAAUUGAGUCAAAUUGCAUUGCAAUCAUUUAAAUAAUAUAUUAAUUAACAAUGAAUACAAUUUAUGCUUUGGAAAUGGGAAGGAAUAAGAAAUAAAAUUAUUUCAAUGAAUGUUUUGUGAAUAUUUAUUCAUCCAACGCUUAUUUAAAACAACUUUCGAUGUGAUAUAUUUGUACAAUGAAUUCGUUUAUUAUAAUGUGCUUUUUUUGAUUUCGACUAUCGAUUUAAACGAGAGGUUUCAGCGAUGGGGUCAGAGCAGUCGUCGCUGCCCCCAAAGAAACCGUCGCAGCGACCGCCGCCAGUGAGGCGCGGACACACUAUAGCUGUCUCCAAUGUGCCUGAGUCACGCCGCAGCGACCCGCUGGCUAGUGGGAACAACUCCCCCGGGGCCAGUGUUUGUUCUGACUCCGAGCUGCCAUAUAUCUCAUAUACAGUGGACAGACCUAUAGGAGAUUCUCCAAAGACGUCGUCAAAGGGCCAGCGCUCCGUAGACAAGAAGUCUCUGCUGCAGCGUCGCCAGGUGAGCGUCCCGGCGCGGCGCCCGGCGGGGCUCGCGGCGGGUGCGGCGGGUGCGGGGGGCGCGGGGGGCGGGGCGCGCGCUCACGACAUCGUGGUGGUGCGCGCGCCCGGCGGGGAGGCGCUGCAGGAGGACAUACAGCGACUGCAGGAGAUCCCAACGUUUUUGCCGAUAAUGCGCGGCACGCUGGGGCUGCCCGGCGCCCGCGAUCCAGAGGUGUUGGAAGGGCUGCCGUGGCGGGCGCUGGGCGCGCUGGCGGGCCGGCUGGCGGCGCACGCGGCCGCCGGCGCCGCGCACUGCGAGCGCGCGCAGGCGCCGCUGGCGGCCGCGCUGCGGGAGGCGGACUCUGAAAUCUCGAAGCUGUACGGCGCGAUGGUGGAGAAGCAGCGGAGCAACGCGAGGCACGCGGAGCGUCUGUCGCGGGUGCGCGAGGUGGCCCACCAGCUGGCGCGCUGCGGCUCGCUGCUCGCGCAGACGCUACAAGACGUGGAGGAGCUGAACGCCCUGCUGCCGGCCGCGAGCCGCCUCGAGCGCUUCCAGUGGGAGCCGCCGGAGACGGCGCCGCCUCCACUAUAGCUACAUCACCAACUAUAAUUACAUACAUAAGUUAUGUACAUAAGUUUUUAUAAUAAAUAACCGAUAUUCUUUCGUGGGGGAAACCUGGUUAUUUAUUAUUUAAACUUUACUGGUCCUAUUCGUUUUUAUUGAUGCCGGGAACCAACGGCUAGCCUGUUCUAGCAAUUUAAAGAUUAAUUUAAUGGGAGAGCGUGAAUUUACUAUUGCAUAAUUUUUAUGUUUAACUGUACAUAGAGGUUGAGUUGUUAACAUAUACGUACGUACGCGAAAUUCUGCAUAAUUAUAAUAAAUAUAUCCUGUCAUUAUUUGUAUAGCAAAUAUGUAUUAAGUGUGAAAUGAAACAUUUUGUUUAAAGGUGAUAUUAUGUACAUAAUUUAUUGUGAGUUUUGUUUAUAAAGAUGAAGUAUUGUAAAACAUGGUUAUUAAAAAGUGUUAUUUAAGCUGUAAAUAUAUACCAUUAUCUAUGAA